AUGGUAGAGAUGGAGGUGGAGGGGGUGGGCGACGAUAGCGGUGACGACAAUGGUGAUGGUGGUAGUGACCGUGAUGAUGGUGGUAUAGUGGUAGAGUCUGGUGCCCUGUUUUGUUGCAUAAGGCUAGUGGUGUGGCCUGAUAAUGCUAGUCUGCUGAUUUUAGGAGGACUGGAAGAUGGAUUGCUUUGUGUAGGAAGCAAGUCUGUUUCUAGUAGUAUGUUGCUCAUACAAGGCUUCAGGACUGAUAAGGGCCUCAUGUAUGUCUGUUUGAGGCUGGUCUGGUUAUGUCUGCUUCUGGUUUGCUAUAUGAGGUUGUUGGUUUGGGCUGAUGUCGCUAGUCUGGUACAAUGCUCUAAUGCUGCUGUAGGAAGCAAGUCUGCUUCUGGUGUCACUACUACCACCUCCACGAAUACCUUUGUUGGGAUUGAGAGUGAUCGCCUUGCAUUGCUCACCUUCAAGACAAUGAUAACACAAGACCCUUAUGGGGUUGUGAACUCAUGGAACAAUUCUAACCAUUUAUGUGAGUGGAAAGGUGUUAGAUGCGGUCAUCAGCACAAGAGAAUCACCAUUAUAGACUUACAAUCCAGAGAUCUAGUUGGUUCCUUGUCUCUUCACAUUGGGAAUCUCAGUUUCCUUCAAGAGUUGAGGCUCAAUAACAACACUUUUCGGGGUGAAAUCCCUGCUGAAUUGGAAAUCUGUUCCAACAAUCUAGUUGAAAAAUUCCCCGAAGAGCUUACUUCAUUGUCAAAGCUCAUAUACCUUGGAAUUCACUUGAACAAUUUGACAGGAGGUAUUCCUCCGUUCAUUGGGAAUCUUACUUCUCUUGUAAGAAUUACUGUGGCUUAUAAUCCUUUUGGUGGAAGUAUUCCAAAUACCUUGGGACAAUUGAAAAAUCUAAGUUUCCUUGGAUUGGGUGUCACUCAACUCUCUGACCUAGUAAGUUUUGAUGUGGGAGAAAACAACUUCAAUGGGAAAAAAACAAAUGAUUUUGGAAGCCUACAGAAUCUCAGGGAGAUAACUAUAUCAGAUAACCAUUUCGGAAGCAAGGAACCUGAUGAACUAACCUUUCUUGGUUCUUUGGUCAAUUGUAGCAAUUUGGAAAAGUUGAGUAUGCAUAGCAACCAAUUCACCGGCAAAAUUCCCCCUAGCAUUGGUAAUCUUCAGAAGUUGCAAAGGUUGAGUUUUGAUAAUAACAAGCUCUCGGGAAAAAUUCCAAAUUCCAUUGGAAACUUGUCAUUGUUGACUGAACUUUACUUGACGGGCAACAUAAUAGAGGGGACCAUACCCUCAACUCAGAACCGUUUGUUUGGUUCCUUGCCUACUGAGGUUGGAAACCUCAAAAAUUUAAAGGAAUUGGAUAUUUCUGAGAAUGGGUUGUCUGGUGAAAUUCCUAGCAGUCUUGGUAGUUGUACUAGCCUUGAAAACCUAUACUUGCAGGAAAAUUUCUUCCAAGGAUCUAUUCUUUCAUUAGAAACUUUGAGAGGGAUUGCAGACUUUGAUCUUUCUCAUAACAACUUGUCUGGCAAAAUUCCAACAUUCUUAGAAAAAUUUUCCGUACAAAAACUCAAUUUGUCAUUCAAUGAUUUUGAGGGUGAGGUACCGAUGAAAGGAGUUUUCACAAAUGUGAGUGCGAUAUCAAUUAUUGGAAAUGAUAGACUUUGUGGUGGCAUUUCCGAAUUACAACUACACAACUGCAUCACCCAAAAAUCAAAGCAUAAGAUGCCUCUUUCACAUAUAUUACCAAUUACAGUAGCUUCUGUACUUGUAGGAGGAACCCUAGUGUCUCUCUUUAUAAUUCAUUGCUUCAAAAAGAAAAGAACAACUCAUAAUACAAUCCCAUUGUUGAAAGAAUUGUUCUUGAAAAUCUCUUAUGAAAAACUCUUCAAAGCAACAAAUGGUUUCUCUUCUGCGAAUCUGAUUGGUUUUGGUAGUUUUGGUUCUAAAUAUAAAGGGAUUCUUGAUCAAGAUGGGGCGUUUGUCGCUGCUGUUAAAGUACUUAACCUUCAAAACCGUGGAGCUGCAAAGAGUUUCAUGGCAGAGUGUAAAACUUUAAGAAAUAUUCGACACCGAAACCUGGUCAGGAUCAUAACUUCUUGUUCUAGUGUUAAUUUUCAAGGAAAUGAGUUUAAAGCACUAGUUUAUGACUGCAUGCCUAGUGGGAGUCUAAAGGGAUGGCUGCAUUCAAGUCCAAAAACUAAUAAUGGGCAAAAUGAGCACCGGAGAGUCAAUAUUCUAGAAAGAAUAAACAAUGCCAUAGAUGUGGCUUGUGCACUUGAUUAUCUUCAUCACUAA